GGAACAAAGAAAUCAGAGUAUAUUUAAGGGGAAGUCUCCCUGGAUCCUGGAGCCGUGUGGCUGUUGGAUCUGACUGCACACCUCACCUCUGCCUGCUUGUGCACCUCCAUCCAGCACGGCUCCUGACGGACGGCGCUGAGGAUGCGGACUUCUCUGGUCGUGUGCUUGUGGGUGUUUGCGCUGCAGUGUUUGCAAAGCAUGCUUGGCGCUCCAGUGCGCGGAGCCGGCAGGUACAAAGCGGCACCGGCCUCUGAGAAGUCCCCGGCCCUGAAGAAGAGAGGAAAGGCUCCUCACCCCCAGGACUUGGUAAAGGAGGCGAUUUCAUCAACAAAUGCUUCGAAUACUUGGAACCGUCCUCGCUGUGGCGUACCGGACUUCCCCAGCCAGAAGGAUGUACAGUACCGAGGACGACAUCGCCAGAGACGCUUCGUGCUACAUGGAGGCCGUUUUGAUAAGAAGGACCUUACCUACAAGAUUGUACGUUUCCCCUGGCAAAUGGACGAGGAGAAGGUGCGGCGUGUGUUUCGGGAGGCGGUGAAGAUCUGGAGUGAUGUCACACCUCUCACCUUCACCGAGGUCCGCAGAGGGACGGCGGAUAUCCGGAUCGACUUUUCCAGCUACUGGCAUGGAGACAGCCUCCCGUUUGACGGUCCGGGUGGGAUUCUAGCGCAUGCUUUCUUCCCAAAAACACAUCGACAGGGCGACAUUCACUUUGACUACGACGAGACCUGGACCCUGGGGAAUCACAUGGGUACAGACCUUCUGCAGGUCGCCGCUCAUGAGUUUGGGCAUGUCCUGGGCCUGCAGCAUUCGCGUAAACCAAAAAGCAUCAUGUCCGCUUACUAUUCCUUCUCCUACCCGCUGAGGCUGAGCGAGGACGACAAGCAAGGCAUCCAGUACCUGUACGGAGCUAAAACACAGGUCCUACCCCCACCGCCAACCCCGGCUCCACGGGCUCGGCCUACCAACACAGAGACCAACGACCUUAAUCCUGACGCCUGCCAGACAGACUUUGACGCCGUCUCGAUGAUCCGAGGGGAGCUGUUCUUUUUUAAGUCGGGCUACGUGUGGAGAAUCAGGGACCCCGGAGGAUCUGGGCGCCUGGAGAGUGGUUACCCAGCGCUGGCCUCCCGACACUGGAAGGGGAUCCCCAGCAAGAUCGACGCCGCCUUUGAGGACAAAUCGGGAAACAUUUGGUUCUUCCAAGGAGAUAACUACUGGGUGUUUGACGCUGAGAUGCACAUCAGGGGGCCUGAGUCCAUCAGAAAUUUAGGGUUGUCCGUACCCAGCAUCCAGGCCGCACUUCGCUGGGGUCACGACCCCAACUACAACACCUACUUCUUCAGGUCCGGUAGCUACUGGAGGUUUAGUCCCCGGGAGAACCGGGUUGAGUCCCCGCACCCACGCAGCAUGCAGUACUGGAGAGGUAUACCCAAGGACGUGGAUGCUGCCUUCAGGGACAUACACGGCUUUGCCCAUUUCAUCCGAGGACGUCAGUACUGGAAGUUUGAUCCUGUCGGCAUGAACUCGUUGGAGGGAUACCCUCGCUACAUCGGCGUGGACUUCUUCGGAUGCAGGAACGAGUGAGUCUGGUGAAGAAUCACUUAUCCCGAUUCCCUUGAUAACGAAGAGGAAUCAUUGGAAUAAAAACUGCAGACUCAAGAGGACAAGAUGAUCUUUACACCUGUUUAUGCUCCACCGCACUUAGUGACACUCAGAUCCAUUUGCGCCUUUUUCUCAGGAAAGAAAAACGAACAAACAAACAAUCAAAAAACACAUUACCUUCCCUCAGCUCUGGCACCUCCUGUGCAGCUCUACUCGUAUUUAUUUUUGCACAUUUUUUUGUCACCGCAAAUCCCGAGUCCUGGAUUCGGUCUGAGCCAGAAACCGUUUCACAAACUGUUGGACUCAGUGUGGUCAGUGUUUGAUGAUUUGGUUAGUAAUUUCAUCAACAACACACCUCAGAGAGUUUGAAGAGUGAUAUCAGACUUACAGCAGAUUUCAUUCAUUUUCAGGCUGGAUUUGGACUCUUUAAAAUGGACCAAAGGGUCUUGUUGAGGUUCUUGCAGCAAUGUCCUGUGAAUGUGCUGUUCUGUCAGAGUAGAAUAUUUUUACUAAGGAUAUGAGCAGAACUUUGAUUAGGAAGCCAUAGUAGCUUAGAGAACAUGUACCUCAGAGGUGUCGAUGGUGUCAGAGACAGGUUGUGUAGUAGUAUGUAGGAUGGUAGAUAACAUGUAAGUGCCUUGCUCAGUGGCUCAUCCACAUAUUAAGAGUGAGGAAGCUGAAAUCAAAGUGAAACAGUACAAUCAGAGGCAGUUAAUCUUAUUAAAUUGAGACCAAUCUGGUAAACAGUGACCACACUAAGGAAGCCUGGUUGAUUGAAUCAAGGCUUUGACUUCUCUGAACAAGCAUGUGGCGACAGUGGAAAGGAAUUUAGAAUCCAGAAACAUUUUAACUUUGUGCUUAACAGUAAUAGUAAAGAAAAAGUUUCUGUCUUCAUAACUUGUAAUCUUGGUCUAAAUCCAUCACCGUUUGCUCAAGCUGUUGCCUUGUGAUAUUCCUCGAGUCUUCCUCAAUCCCCUUUCACACUUCUAAUGGCUUCCAGU